AUGGACUCGCCGUCAACGAACGAGCAGCUCGCCGUGACGAUCGGCACGCACGACCAGCGCACACCUCUUGGAACAGUGCGCGAGUGCGUCGUCGAUGGCGUGAGCGACACAGACGACGCUGUAGUCGACGGAGCAGCGUCUGCAGGACCGACUCGGGACGAAGAAGACGGUAAAAAGCGAGAGACUCGUGUCAAAAAUACACAAAAGAAGCAGAAGACGGGCGCAGCAGUGUCGGCCACUGGUGUCGCUGUGUCUCUAAACGAGAAGGACGAGUUGCAGCUGGACCGUCCCGUGUUCCGACCGUGGGAGACGGUCGCUGGAUCGCUGCAUGUCUUGGACACGCGGAGGAGUGCAGAGCAGACAGCAGAAGGUGCACGACCGUACAAAAUUGCAGGCUUUGACUUGGACGGGACGCUGAUUGUGACGAAAAGUGGACGGAAAUUUGCACUGAAUCUGAACGAUUGGAAGUGGUUCCACCCGACGCUGGUGAAGAAAAAGAUGGACGAGCUGGCUCGGCAAGGGUACACGCUAGCGAUCGUCUCGAACCAGAAUGGAGUUGCUAAAGGACACGUCACAGCGGCUCAGAUGCAGAAUAAGCUGGAGGCCGUUGUAAGCAAGCUGGGUCUGCCUAUGCUGGCUUUUUUCAGUACCGAGGACGAUGUUAUGCGCAAACCUCGACCAGGCGUGUGGAAGGAGCUGACGAGGCGGCUAAGCGCAAAGGGUGAACAAGCGAUUGAUAAGGAAGCUAGUUUCUAUUGUGGGGAUGCUGCAGGACGACCGAAAGUCGCAGGGCGCUCGAAAGACUUUGCGUCAACGGACUACAAGUUUUCACUGAACGCUGGAAUUCGUUUCUUCACGCCUGAAGACUUGUUCUUGGGCACCAAGCAGCGCAUCCAUACGCGGCCCGACACGUGGGAGCUAGGUUUCGAUCCCACGUCCAUCACUAUGAAUGAGUGUGCUGAACCUGUGCUGAACCCUCCGUCGGCUUGGACCGUAAAAGAAGAGCAGGAACUGGUUGUUCUAGUUGGUCCGCCCGCAUCCGGGAAGUCCUUUUUCGCCAAAACACAUCUGAGCUCAUACGUCGUCGUGAGCCAAGACGAACUGCGAACAGCUGCUAACUGCAGGAAGAAGUGUAUCGAAGCGAUCGCGCAGAAGAAAAGUGUGGUCAUUGAUAACACGAAUCGUGACCCGCGUGCAAGAAAAGAGUGGAUUGCAAUUGCAAAGGAAAAAAACUUGCCCAUUAGGUGCUUUGAGAUGGACGUCGACAAGCCGCUUUCGAUGCAUUUGAACACGUUUAGGUCACUGACUCUGCAGCGCAAAGUCCCGGACGUCGCCGUUCAUGGUUUUUACAAGAAUCUCGUGCCACCGACGAUCAACGAAGGGUUUGCAGAAGUCGUAAAGGUCCCAUUUCGAAUCGACAGAAACGUCUCCGAAGCUGACCAGGCAUUGCUGCGAUCCUACAUCUGA